GGUACCAUGCUUUGUGUGCAAACAUAGCCGUUUAAAAGGCCACUUUGCUUCCCUGAGUACUAUCAUUCUUCUGAGCCUUUCUCUCUUUAUUCCUAAUUGGAUCCUCUGUACUCAAUUGCCUUCAUCUGAGGAAAUGUUACGAGGAUGAGGUUUCAGCACUUUUUUCUUAAGCUCAGUGCUGUCGAUGCCAGGGGGGUUUCCGUCGCGUAUCUCUCCAGCCCGUCGCCGAAGCCGCCGGUCAGCGAUGACAACCAUUUGCGACCUCCCUGAAGAUGUCCUGGUGGAGCUGCUCUCGCUGCUCCCGGCCCGGGACCUGAUCCACGCCUGCAGGCUGGUCUGCCGGCAGUGGCGGUACGUGGUGGAUCUCACCACCCUCUGGAAGCGCAAGUGCCAGCGCGAGGGGUUCUAUAUCCAGAAUUUGGACAGAAGCGUCUCUGACUGGAAGAUCUUCUAUAUGCUCUGCCGCCUGAAGAGAAACUUAAUCAAAAACCCCUGUGCUGAAGAGAACUUUCAGCACUGGAAACUUGAUAAAAAUGAUGGAGAUGAAUGGAAGAUUGAGGAUCUGCCUGGAGAUCAUGGAACAGGGAUGCCAGAUCCCAAAGUACAGAAAUACUUUGUCACUUCAUUUGGGCCAUGUUACAAGUCUCAACUCAUUAGUCUGCAGAAAGAAGGAUACUGGAAUCAACUGAUGGAUAAGAAACGGCCUGAAAUUGUUGUAAAGGACUGGUACGCUGCCCGGUACGACUGCGGCUGUCGCUACGAGCUCACCGUGAGGCUGCUCUCUGAGGACUACCUGGUCCUGGAGGAAUUCCACCCCGAGCCCGUGGUUAUAGAGCAGUGGAGUGAUGCAUUGUGGAGAGAGAUGUCUCACACCUUCCAGAAUUACCCACCUGGAGUUCGUUACAUCUGGUUUCAGCACGGAGGCCAAGACACCCAGUUCUGGGCAGGAUGGUAUGGGGUCCGAGUGACAAACAGCAGCAUCACCAUUGGCCCCCAGACAUUAUGAAGGCACAAUAUCUGUGUUUGCUUUUACCUCAGGACUGUAACGAGGUGGUCUCAGGUGCACUUAUUUGUCUGUACUCCUUGGAUGAGUGUCCUGGCUUUUUCUUGCACAGCUGAUCUCAAAUACAAGCAGUCACAGCAGAACUUUUGCAGGCCCAGCCUUUUGGAAGGACUUUUGCCUUCAGUUUUCACCCUCUUGUACUAUGGAUGUUAUUGCAGUUACUAGUGCCCUUCCAUGGGAAGAAGACUAGGACAACUGAAUAUAACACCUGUCUUUUUUAGUUAAUAUGUCCUUGUGCUACAGCCAAAUACCAAGUCUUAAAUAGAAACACUUUCUUGUUUGUUUAUGGAACUUAGGAAAGAUAAGGCUAAACUGUUUCAUUUCAGGUUAUCAAUGCUGUUCUCAAGGGCUGUGCUACAGAGGCUCUUUUUAUAUGGUAUUUUCCUGUUUCAGAUUAGUUGUGUAUAAACACAUGUAGCUUUCACACCGGACCUUUCAUAGCAUAGGGAAGCUGUCAGCCUGCUUUCAUAAAAGCUGUCACUGGUACUUA